AUGCUGGUGGCUCGACUGGUCGCACUGGCCACGAUCGCCAUCGUGGAUGGCACGCGGGUGUCCGUUCAGGGGAACCUGGCCGCGGCCAAGGAGCAGGACGCGACAAAGGAACCCCUCGCGGAGACGAGCGUGCCUACCACCACCACCAGCACGAGGGGGCAGCCUCCAGCCAUUUCUUUGGAAGACGCCAUUCUAGGCGACGUGGCGUCUCUCAAGCAGCACUUCCAGGCUGGUUCCGAUUUGAGUGCAAAAAUUGGGGGGCGCGGCUCCUACACGGGAUGGACCGCAGCGCAAAUUGCCGCGGAAUUCGGCCACGUGGCGGUGCUGAAGUUCCUCCACGAGGCCGGCGUCGACCUCAACGCCAAGACCCGUGCUGGAAUGACACCGGCCCUCAUCGCAGCCCGGAGUUGGAACAAGACAGCGACCGCAAAGGUGCUGGAAGCUCUGGCCGAGGCUGGAGCCGACCUAGAGACGCCCACCCCAGAUGGAGACACUCCGGCCCACUAUGCCGCAAGAGACGACAACGUGGCCGCGCUGCGUGUCCUCAUCCAGGCCGGUGUCGACCUCAACGCCAAGGACAAGUGGGGAGACACGCCGGCCCACAACGCUGCCGAGAGAGACCAUCCAGAGGUGCUGGAAGCUCUGGCCGAGGCUGGAGCCGACCUAGAGACGACGAACGUAGAUGGAUGGACUCCGGCCCACUAUGCCGCAAGAUACGCCGACGUGGCCUCGCUGCGUGUCCUCAUCAAGGCCGGUGUCGACCUCAACACCAAGGAAAACUUCGGAUACACGCCGGCCGACGUCGCUGCUGAGCGGAAGCAUCAAGAGGUGCUGAAGAUGAUCCUCCAGGCCGGGGGCAAACGCAAUAAGCUUUGA